CGCAGCCCUCCUGCAAGCUCGCCUCCGAGUCGGCCCGCCGGAACGGUAGGGUGCGCCCUUACCACCGUUCGCCACUAGCUCAGGCUCACGUCCUUCCACUGUGACCCACCCGGAGCUAGGAAGGAGGGUUGCUAUUGGCCCAGGCCGUCUCUGCCUCUUCCCGAUCACCUGGCCUUACGCUCGAGUCCAGGACACUGCGGCGCAGCGCUUCGCGGCUGGAAUCGGUGGUCGGAGAGAGUGGGUGAGGGUUUCGCUGCGGCCGGUGCCGGCCCGUGCGCAGCCCCCUACCUCCAUCCACCAACCCAUCCUUUCUCCUGCCCCUUGCUUGAUUUCGCCAUGCACCCGCGGCGUCCCGAAGGCUUCGACGGCCUGGGCUACCGUGGGGGCGCCCGGGAGGAGCUGGGCCCAGGCACAAGGCCCUUCAGCAGCGCCUCGGAACUGGGCCACUGGGUGACAAGCCCGCCCGACAUCCCCGGCAGCCGCAACCUGCACUGGGGCGAGAGGACGUCGCCGUGUGGGGCGGGGACCCCCUUGAGGGGCGAGAGCCUCAACGAGGAGCCCAGUCUCGGGGCGGGCGGCUCCGGCGCCGAGCAGUUGAACAGAUUUGCAGGCUUUGGUAUUGGCCUUGCAAGCCUGUUUACAGAAAAUGUACUGGCACAUCCUUGCAUUGUUGUACGUCGUCAGUGUCAGGUUAACUAUCAUGCUCGGAAUUACCAUCUCACUCCAUUUACUGUUGUCAAUAUUAUGUACAGCAUCAAUAAGACACAGGGUCCAAGAGCUCUCUGGAAAGGAAUGGGCAGCACUUUCAUUGUUCAGGGCAUAACACUGGGAACAGAAGGCAUCAUCAGUGAAUUCACACCUUUACCACGGGAGCUUUCUCAUAAAUGGAACCUCAAGCAAAUAGGUGGACACCUUCUACUUAAAGGUUUAACACAUGUGAUAGCAAUGCCUUUUUAUUCUGCAAGCCUGAUUGAAACUGUACAGAGUGAAAUAAUUCGAGAUAAUCCUGGUAUCCUGGACUGCGUGAAAGAGGGAAUCGGCAGAGUUGUGGGUAUGGGAGUACCCCACAGCAAGCGUCUCCUUCCUCUUAUGGUCUUGACUUUCCCAACUGCUCUACAUGGAGUUCUUCACUACGUCAUCAGUUCCAUCAUCCAGAAGCUGGUUUUGUUUGUUCUGAAAAGGGACCGUUCCCACAAUCUUACAACUGAGAGCUCCACUUCUGUGCAGAGCAUGCUGGAUGCAUAUUUUCCAGAACUUCUUGCUAGUUUUGCUGCUAGCCUUUGUGCUGAUGUCUUGCUUUAUCCACUAGAGACAGUUUUACAUCGCCUUCAUAUUCAAGGGACACGUACAAUAAUUGACAAUACAGACCUAGGCUAUGAAGUGCUUCCAAUCAAUACUCAGUAUGAGGGAAUGAGAGACUGUGUAAAUACCAUACAAAGAGAAGAAGGAAUGCUAGGCUUUUAUAAAGGGUUCGGGGCUAUUAUAGUACAGUAUACUUUACAUGUGGCAGUUCUACAGCUUACAAAAAUAAUUUACUCAACACUGCUUCAAAAUGUUUCUUAAUCUGUUCAGGUGUGGAUUUAGCAUGGUGGUCAUGAUAGGCUUAGGUAAUUGUUUAAAAUAGCUUACAAAAUUAAGUCAGAAGAGUCUCCUCUGGAUUCUUCUUACACUGUCAAGAACUUGUUUUAAAAUUGGGGAUAUAGAUUCCUAAGUGUAAUUAAAGUACUGUUUAAAUUUAAAGCUAUAGGCACAAAUAUAAUAUGUAAUCACACAGAAGGGGAUGUUUUCAACUCCUCUCAACUGGAGUUGAGAGUAAAAUAGAAACUGUAAAGUUAAGUAGACAUAAAUGUCACAGUUUACAAGUACAUGGAAGAAUUCUUAUUUUGCUGCACAGUGGCAGAAGAUGACAGGGAAAUCUUGCUUCAUACAAGUAACAAAACUUUGAAUUUGGCAGUUGCACAGAAUGCCUGUUUGGCUCUCUUGCAGUUUUCAAAGCUUACAAUAACUUAAAUGUGUGAAUAUAACAAAUUAGAAACUGAUGUGUGCAUGUGUAAGUGCCAUUUUUAGUCUACUUUCCACACAACUUCAAGGUUUUACUCUGCUGUAGAAGAAUUUUGCAAACAUGUAGUAUCAAUCUUCAAAGAGCAUAGAAAGUCUAAAUUACUAUUUGGCUGUUUCUCUUUUGAUAGAGGGAUAUGUACACAAGUAUCUACUGUUUAUCACUGAUAAGAUGUGUGAUGUCUCUGCUGGAUUAGGUAUUCUGUGGAGCAGAAUUAAGGUCUGUAUGCAGUAGUUUGCUUUGUCCUUUUCCCUUAAUAAAUCCAGACUUUUGGUCUGAAAAUGAGUUCUGAUCAUUCAAAAUAACAUAGUCCUUGGUUUAGUCAGUAAAUACCGUGAAAGUUGUAGAGGAUUUUUAGCAAAUAAACAUGUGGAGCUGCUGCCUUUUUCACACUUUUUCACUUUGUGACUACUGUAAAUUGUUGUGCAUUUUCAGCAUUAAUCAUUGUGUAGUAGUUGUCACUCAUGGAAAGUAGUCCUGGGAAAAUAAUAAAAGAAGUUGCUGUUCAUAAAUGCUGGCUUUAAAUCAUUUGCAGGUCUACUUUGCUGUUACUCUAACUCAUAGUAUUUUAAAUGUUAGUUGUUGAAAGUACAGUGAUUUUGAGAGCUGGUUUUAUUUUGAAAUAUUGUUAAAUUCAGUGUGUAGAAUGGAACCAAUGAAAUAAAAUGAAAAAUCACUCUAUUUUAUUUUGCUCUCUGGCUUUUGGGCUGCACUUCACUCUCUAACCUAACUUGCUCUCUAAUCCAUCUGCUUCCUAACCGCCCUGUCUAAGCAUCCAAACUCACCUUGAAUGUAAGGCAAAGUCUGGGGUAAGGUAGAGAGGUGGGAAGAAGGUGGAAGGGUGGUUGGGAGCCCCUCCUGGGGAAUCUGGUUUCUGGGAGGGCUGUUGUGUUUCUGCAUUACUUUUUACCUUGUAUAUUGCUGUAUAUAUUGUAAAUACCUGCUUGUAUAUUGUGCUAAGCUGUAAGUAUAAAGCUUCAUUCAGUUUUCAGAUCA